AUGACCAAUAGAGGAAGACGGCUGAGGAAAAUGGCGGCGCCAAACAAUCUAAACAACGACCAAACAAACUAUGAACAUGUAGUCAACCGUUGGCUGGUCGAUUAUUAUUCUUUUCUGGCGGUGAAGUUCUUUAAAAAUGAGCAAUAUGAGGACUUUUGCAAUGUGAGAAAUAUACUUGACAGUGUUUUGGCCCGUCCUAUGGAGUCCACUGAUGAUAUGUCUAUAAAGAUAAGAAUAUUGCAGUUUCUCUCGCGUUUGAACGAGGGCGAAAAACUGGACCUGCUCUUUGAUUCAGACCAGUCAUUAUCUCCUCUGGAAUCGGCCUUACUGUUGCUGGAAGACAUGCAGGUGGAGUUCAGAAUUACAGUACCGGAUUUUGAGAGUGUAUGCACUUCACUUAAAGAGAUGAUUGUGGCAACUUACAUCAGGAAGAAUGAAUUUGAGAAGGCCAGGGAGCAGCUAAACAAACAUUUUCCCAAAGCAGCAGGUGGAAAGAGAGCUGUUUUUAUGGGCCUCAUUUGUCACAAGAAUGAAACGCAUGAGGUUCUCAAGGAAAUGAACUUUCAGAAGUUCAAGGCGGAGAUGCUGGUUUUCUGUCAGAGGCUCUGCACGUUUGGCAUUCCCUUUCUCCACAAGGCUGCAAAGACACUUGUGGAAAAAAGACUUGCGGAGGAAGGCGACAAAACAGCUGAAAUCGAUGAGGCAGGUGAACCCGUUUCAUCCUGCCCUCCACAAAUUGUCAUGGUCCAGUUUCAGCCAUGUAAGCACUCGAUUAUCCAGAGGGCCAGACUAGAGAGAGCCUAUCAGGCUUUGGCUGGAGGUUUAGACAAGAAGACAUUCGCUCAGUUGGAGCAAGAACUGGAGACUGAGAGGCAGGGAAAAGGUGACCUUUGCCUGGGACAAUCAUCCAAUGGUAACGAGGGUGCCAAUCUGAAGAUGGAUCAGGAAAUGUUGUUUCAGAGAGACGCGGGCAGCCCCAUGGAGGCUUCCCCAGCUGACCAGCUACCACUAACGGAGGCUGGAUUACAGACGCAGGCAGGUUCACUGUCAAAGACACUUUACACUGUGGCACGACUGGUAAUGGAGCCAGACAGCCAGCCAGGCUCACAGUGCACGACAGCUCCUGAGGAGUUUGAUGCUGCAGGCAGAGGAGAUAAGCAACCACAAACUCUGGCUGCAUCAAGUAAUAAAGACUUUGAAGACAUGGAAUGCCCAGUUACAGACAAGGAAGUAGCCUCUCCGACUCGAAAGUUCCCCAGAAAAUGUACCAAGAUUGUCAGAAGAACUUCAACCAGAAAACCUGAGUUCUCUCCAGACACUGACGAGGAGUCGCAGGACUCAGCCGAUGAAAGGCAAGCGCAAUGUGAAGACCUCCGUAACCAAUCUCACAGCCCAUUAAGGAGAGAAUCCAGCAAGAAGAUACAGACGUCAUCAGAGAGCGGAGACGACCUGCAGCUAUCUGCCUCGAUCAAAACGCCCAUCCAGAGACCCCCCACCACUGCCACCCGCAACAUUUCAGACGAUGAAAUCUGCAUCACAGACACUUCAGUGGACAGCUCACCCAAACUGUCCCCUUAUCGGCCGGUUCCUCAGAAGAGCUCCACUCCUCACAAGGCAAAGGCUCAGGACGAAAAUCCCACCCACUCAAAAUGGAAAGCGCUGUACAAAAACGCAACGGAGAGCAAGGACACAUGGAGCGAUGAGGAGUCCUAUUUCAAAGCCAAACAGAAAGAAGGGUUAAAUGACAGCCCCGUUUCACAUGGGGGCCACAAGAAGAGGAAGUGGACCGAGAGUGAAACGCAAAAACUAAAAGAUGGAGUCAAGAAGUUUGGUGAAGGCAGCUGGAGUAAGAUAAAGGCUUAUUACUCCUUCAAAGACCGUACAAAUGUCCAUCUGAAAGAUCGAUGGAGAACAUUGAAGAAGUUGAAAAUGAUCUGA